AUGAAUGUAUCCAUAAAUGAUUCGUCAUUCUUAAGCGAUCGAUCUCGACAACGAUCGAUGAUAUCAGCUGGUUUUCAAUUGUCAUCAGCGUCAGCUAAUUCACCAUUUGAACAAUAUUCAUCGAAACUACCAGCAUCUGUUCGUGGAGCGCUUAAUCAUACAACAGAUAUAUCCUCACUGAGUGCUCGUUUCUCACGGAACGGCUAUUGCUGGCUUGUCUCUGGACAAAUCGCUUAUGUCUGGCUUGCUUCUGGUUCAAAUCGUAUCACUGAUGCUGUAAUUCAUCAAGAACUCAAACUACCGGAAUGUGCACUUGGUCAACAAGCGAAUCUCAUGGAAUUAUUUUCCAUCAAUGCAGAUGACAAUGAUUCUUGUUCGUGUUUAGUUAUUACUUGUGAUGGUUAUGCUCGCUUUUGGCGUACUAUUGUUCGUCCGAAUGAUUAUUAUGAUGUUAAACUUGAAUUUGACCAGAUUGAGUAUUUAUGUCAUUUCAAAGAUGAUAUCUGCGUGUGCGGUUCGUAUUCAGGAAGAUUGUAUACUGUCCCAUGCAAUGCUUUGUGUAAUAAAGCGUAUAUUCGACCAACAUCUUCGUCUUUACUCUCAUCGAUUGGUUUCGGUCUCAAAUCGAUGUUGUUUGGCACCAGUCGUCAAAUGAAAGAUAAUGAAAUUCUUCGUUGCUUGCAUUCAUUGAAAUCUGACACUUCGACGCCGUCAACAAGCACGAUGAAUGUCGAUUUAGUUUCUUUAACUGACAAACAUUUAUAUUUUUGGUACUUGGCAGAAAAUGAUAUUCAGCUGGUACAUUCAAUGGAUCUUCAAGUUAUAUUUGCUAACGAAGCAAGCAAAGAUCAAAAAUCCAAUGAGCACGAUCGAAACGUUUCGUGCAUCUCAUUGAGUGUGACACAAGAAACAAUCUAUGUUCUGGCUAUCCAUCAUAGCAUCCAUGAUUACCGCUUGAUGUUAGGUGUGUUCUCAUUGAAUCAUGCAGGUGUUCAACUCGUCUCGAUGAUAUUUCUUGCCAACCAUCUUAACAUACGAUUAGAUGAAAUUAUCGUUAAACCACGUGUACGAAUAUUCGCUGUACCAAAUCAACCAGCAAUUUUAGUUCAUACGAAAAAAGACGCUUUUAUCUACACAGGUCCCGAUUAUUCUGUGCUACUUAGAGCAAGUUUCUCCAAUCUAAAUGAGACGAUAUUAGGCAGUGGUUUGUGCACUCAACGUCUACUACUGUUUUGUCAUGUACAAGGUUUAAUAACACCCCGUAGUCAAGAUUUAAUGACGAAUCUGCUUACGAAAACAACAACGAACGAUCCGUACAAACCGAUGAUUGAUUCAUUCCAUGCAUUUCUACUUCGAAAUGAUCCAGGUGGUGCUGUGGAAUUAUUUCGACGUUUUCUAACCACAAUUGAUACCAAUCAGCUAGAUGAUAUCAUUGUACAAUUUGGUAUGUUCAUCAUCGAUGAUCCAUCGUUACAAGAAACAAACGAUUUAACCAGACAAUUAGGGAAGAAAGGAGAUAUUUACAAUUAUUACUUUUCAUUUCUUAAACUAAUUGGUGUUUGGAACAAACUUCAUGUCGCACACUUUAACAAUGGAAUCUAUCAUACAAAACAAAUUUUACAACAAUUCGGUGAAAAAUUAGAAUGUGCUAAAGCAUUCGCUCAAGCUAGCCAACAAUCGCUCUAUUUACAAGCAGCAUACCGUUCGACAUCUCGACAGAAUCAAAUCUCCCAUAUAGCUGAAGUAUUGACAACAAUAGUCCUUGGUGUUAUUGAAACAAGUCGCACAAUCGAAAUUCAGUCCUAUGAAGAAGCGACGCGUUUAUUAUUGAUCGCAUUCGAUAGUAUACUGAAAUACAGACAAGAACACGAACAAGAAUCAGUCAUCUCAUCGAAUCCCAUUGACGAUGAAAACUAUACUCAAUCGAUCAUUUGUCAACCAUGGAUUUUAUACGAACAAAAUCUUAACGAUCUAUUUAUCAUUCAUUGUACUCAACAUUUUGAACAAGCAUUGGAAUUAUGCGAAUCACGCGAAGUUCGGGAACGUUUACUAACGAUGAUAUCCCGACUUGUCUAUCGUAUUCUUGAUGAGUAUCGCUUGUAUAUGUGUGAUCUGUACUCGGACAGUGAUUUAAAUAAUGAUACUGAACAACGACCAUGGGUUAACUACAAACAAACGCGAUCAGCGUUGAUAAAAGUCUUCAUUAAACUAAACGAAUAUCCAAAAGGAAAACAAUUAGCAGAAGAAUUCGAAGAUUAUUUAGCACUGAUUGAAAUAUGUGAUGAAUUGAAAGACGUCGAACAAUUACGAACAUACAUCGAACAAUUUAGAGACAAAUUUAUGGUUAUAUUCGAUGAAUAUCUCCGAUCUAAAUCUGCGGUGUCUGUUCUAUUUCAAGAGGAAUACUUCGAUUUGAAAGCUGUUCAGCGUUAUCUUAAAUCCAAGCCGGAAUAUGAAUGGAUGGUUGAUAUAAAAAAACGUGAAUACGAGAAUGCUUCAUUAUCAACGUUACAACAAGUUGGCGAAACUAUUGGCAAACGCCAAACUCUCUUAGCCAUCAGUAAAUUCGCAUUGUUAGCAAGCAGUCAUAAUGAAGUUCGAAAUCCUGAAGCAAUUAAACUACGUUUGAAUUUCAUUGAGAACGAAGAAAAUCUCUGUCAACAACGGCUAGAUUUGUUAUCGAAUUUGGAUGAGAACGAACGCUUGAGACAGCCGUUAAUCAGUGCAAAAGACAUGAUUAAAAAUUUGGUCUUGAAGAAAAACACUUCGCAAUCACUGUUACAACGGUAUUGUAGCGCACUGAAAAUUCUCUCCCAAAUGGAGACAAAUCCCGACUUUGAUCAAUUGCGUUUAUUCAUCUUCGCUCAAGCACUUCUCCUCGAUCCUCUCAAACCGAUAGGAAACUCAGUCGAUCCAUUAUCAUGUAAUGCCAAGACACUUUUCAGUCAAUUAUUUGACUACAUCAAACAGGAGAAUCUUGAGAAAUAUAAUCUAAUUCCAUCCCGUGAAAAACUUCAAUCAUCCAGUGAGCUUAUCUCCUAUCAAAACAAUGUAGAUUUCCAACAAGCACUCUCAGCGAUCUAUUCAUCCUUGUUAACCAAAUAG